ACUCGUAGUUUACCAUAUUUCUGUCGGUCAAAAAAAUAAAAAACUAGAUAACACUACUCAAUUUACAGAUUACUUUUAUUCUUACAAGCUAUCAUCUACUUGACAAUUGACAGCACAUAAAAUGUUAAUUAAAUUGUCCAAUGAUAUUCUUUUUUUUUAAAAAAAAAAAAACAGGUAAAAUAAAAAUAAAUGACAACAACAGAGGAAAACAGUGUAAUAUGAUUGAAACCCCUUUACACUAAAUCCAUAAAAUAAUUGCUAAAAGACAGCAAACCGUUGAUUCGUAUUCCAAUUGAAUUCUUCCUAUAAUUAAAUUAAUCUCAAAUAAUAUUUCAUGAAUUUUCAUCAAAUAUUCUCUGAAUUUUCCACAUAGCCCGAAAAAAAACCCAGGGGAAAUCAGGGUGUUCCUGUUUCAUUGGAUACAGGACACACUGCUUUAAUGUCAAAAAAGUGUCACAUAAAUAUACACAAUUUCACUUCAAUAUGGAAGGUAGGGUUCUUUUUGGCAAAUAUCAGUUAUCAAAGCUAUUAGGUGAGGGAAAUUUCGGAAAAGUGUACAAGGCUAAAAACAUUACAACAGAUGAAAUAGUUGCCAUAAAGACGAUCAACAAGGAUGAAGUGAAGAAGCAUGGUAUGUUUGAGCAAGUCAAGAAGGAAAUAUCGGUUAUGAGGCUUGUCAAGCACCCGAACAUUGUUGAGCUUAAGGAAGUCAUGGCAACAAAGACUAAAAUAUACUUGGUCAUGGAGUAUGUUGGAGGAGGUGACUUGUACACUAAGAUUGUUUUGCGAGGUAAACUCGACGAAAAUAUUGCUAGAAAGUUCUUCCAACAGGUAAUCACUGCAGUUGAUUUUUGUCAUAGUCGCGGUGUUUGUCAUCGUGACCUUAAGCUAGAAAACAUAAUGGUAGACUCAAAUGGUGAAAAUGUGAAGAUUUGUGAUUUUGGGUUGGCUACUUAUCUUGGAGAGAAAGAAGAGAAUAAUUCUGAUGCUCUACUAUCUACUGCUUGUGGUGCAUUUGCUUAUAUGGCGCCGGAGAUCAUUCGAGGGGAGAAAUAUGAUGGGAAAUUGUCUGAUAUUUGGUCAUGUGGGGUGAUUUUGUAUGCUAUACUUGCUGGUUAUCCACCUUUCCAAGAUGAAAGUCGAACGAAAAUGUUAAGGAAGAUUAGGAUUUGUAAGUAUGAGUUUUCCUUAGGGUUUCCUGAGGAAGUUAAGGACUUGAUUAAGAAGAUUUUGGUGAAGAAUCCAAAGGAAAGAAUAAUGAUAUCGGAGAUAAUGACAAGUCCUUGGUUUAGGAGAGGAUUAAGUGGAUCAUAUGAAGGUGAUUCGAGUUUGUUUUGCUCCUCUCCUGAGUCUUCUUUCAAUGCCUUUGACUUCAUGUUAUGUAUGGCUUCGGGUUUAGACUUGUCCGGACUGUUUGAGGAUAAAAAGAGGAAACUUGGGUCGUUGUUCGUGACAAAGUGUUCGACUAAAGAAGUGUUAAAGAAAGUGGAGAAGAUGGCAGAAGGGUUGAAUUAUGAGGCAAGAAAAGAAAAGGAGUCAAGGGUGGUGUUGAAAGGUGGAGAAGUGGGUAGGAGAGGGAGGUUGGUGGUGAGUGUUGAAGUGUUUAUGGUAUUGCCGGAGGUUAAGGUGGUCGAGUUCUCGAAGAGGGGUGGUGAUCCUGUCGAGUACUUGAAGUUGAUGGAGGAACAAGUGAGGCCGGCAAUGAAGGAUGUAGCUUGGAAAUGGCAAGGAGAUUGGUCUCAUGGGAGGAAUACUGGUGGGAGUGAUAUUUUCCCUAGGUGGAAUUGGUGUUGGUUUGUGAAACCACAACUUUGAAAAUGUACAAUCUACACGAUUUGGAGCUAUAAUCUGUAAGAUUGAAACCCGCCUUUAGCCCUUUUACCUAUUUCGUAAUCUUUAUUUUUUUGUGGGAAUUAAAAAUUAAGAGUGAUGUUGAAUUAUCAGACGUAGUGACCACUAUAUAUAUGUUUAUUUAUCCAUUAUUCUAGCUACAUGUUUUGUUUAAGCUACAUUUGAGUUUGGAUUUGUGUAGUUAAUUUAGUUCAUUGAGUGAAAUCCUAAUUCUUUGUAUUUGACACCUAAAAGUGUCAUGUAUAUAUAAUGUUACGCAGCUAAUCAGCUACUAUUUGA